UUCGUGUUUUGGUUGCCGUACUUCGAUGCUGCCCGUUUGUCCUCUUCACCUUUGCGCAAAAAAUCUAAAAAUCGGUGGGGUGUAGCUGGAGAAAUCCUUGACUCCGGUUGCCCCCCCUGCGCUGUCGGUCACGCGCUCCCACGUGCACAUACACACGCUUGUGUAGCUCGAGCAUCACUAGAGGUGGCGUCAGCGGAGACGGUUGUUACGGAGGGUGACGGGGCUUUGACUUUGGCUGCUUCGUGCCGUCUUUCUGUGAGCGCGGAGCCGGAGGAUGGAGCAGGUGGAACCAAAGCAGUAAGCGGGGUCAGCGCGAGAGGAUGCGGACGGGAGGCAGAGGCUACCUAUAAACCAGGAGUAGAUGAUGCCUAUUUGCCGCAGGCCCCGCCAUCGUGAAAUUAUAUACCGACUUGCGGCGGAUGGGGUGACCGAGCUCCCUGCUCCGCCGGGGAGGUCCCUGCCUUCGGAGGUUACCGGGGAGGGAGCUGCCUGUGCCCCGUUCUGAGGAAGGGAAGGAGUGGCAGGAAAGAAAAUGCAGACGGAGGAGGAGACGGCCGCCGCAGAAGAGCCCAUUUUGGAGGAAGGGUCGGAAAGAGAGCAGCAACGGCCAGUCCAACAGUCUCUGGCCUCUUCCCUUUGUCGGGAGUCCCACUGGAAGUGCCUCCUCCUGACCCUCCUCAUGUACGGCUGUUUUGCCACGCUGGCCUGGUGCGCUCUCUGUCGCGUACCCGUUCUGGGCUCCUCCUCCGUAUCUGCUGACGGCACCUCGGCGGCCUAUUACAUCCAGCAUUUGGAAAGUCCGUGUUCUAGUGGUUACGUGUACAUCCCACUGGCCUUCCUGGCCAUGCUGUAUGUGGUUUACCUGGUGGAGUGUUGGCACUGCUUCUCCAAGACGGCCAUGUUGGCUCAUGCUGAAUUCCAGGAAGUAUACGAGCGUGUGCAGAGACUUCAGCAGGCCACACCCUGUAUUUGGUGGAAGGCCAUCAGCUAUCACUACGUGAGGAGGACCAGACAGGUGACAAGAUACCGCAAUGGAGAUGCAUAUACGACCACACAGGUCUACCAUGAGCGGGUGAACACUCAUGCCUCAAGUUCUGAGUUUGACUACGCCCGCUAUGGUGUCAAAGACGUGUCAAAGGAGCUGUUGGACCUGCAGCAACACCCUGCUGUUCGCCUGCGUUUCACAAAGUGUUUCAGCUUUUCAAGUGCACGUGCUGAAGCUGCCUACCUCACCCAGCGAGCACGCUUCUUUGGGGAGAACGAGGGGCUUGAUGACUACAUGGAGGCCAGGGAGGGAAUGCACCUUAAAAACGUGGAUUUCCGCGAACACAUCCUAGCAUUCUCCGAUCCGGCUCACCAGCCGUGGUUCUCCAGGCACAAGGUGUUCUGGCUGGCUUCAGCUUUCCUCCUGUCGUGGCCGCUGCGAGUUGUGUCGGAAUACCGCACAGCGUAUGUCCACUACCACGUGGAGAAGCUGUUCGGGGAGGACGAGGAUACCGUUGGGGGAGUCGGUGGAGGAGGGCCAGGCGGAGGUGGAAGAGGGGACGGCGUUGAAGGAGGGACUGAGAAUGGAAUCCACCCAGGAGGAAUUUCGAUUGGCAUUGGUGUGAAUGGGACAAGCUACAGAGCCAUCUCUCGUGUCAACACGGUGGACAUGACAGAAUUGGAGUGGCACAUUCGCUGUAACCAACAGAUGGUCCCGAGCUACUCUGAAGCCCUCCUUAUGGACUUAGAAAUGAGUGGGGGGACAAACCCUACAGCCUCCACACCUAUCUCUGGGCCUCAAGGCAUCACUCCCAGCCAGGGGACCAACCCCCCUCCUCUGGCUUUGCCUGUGGUGUUCAACUCGGCUUACCUCCUUCAGAGCUGCCCCCGAUGCCGGCGGACCACAUCGAGUGCCAGUCUUCCAUCCAGGCUAAGGGCUUCAAUGGGAACCACAGCCCUCCUGAACGCUACAGUGGCAGGGAUCAGAGCAGCAGGGCAAGGAGGUGGGGGUAUGGGAGGGAGACUGGUGCUCAGUCGGAGCGGGUUCUCUCUCGGGAGACUUGGAGGUGGUCGCCAGAACAGCCUGUUUCAUUCAAGAAGCAUGGGGGGUGGGCUGGGAGGAAGUAGGGAAGAUGGAGGAGGAGGAGGGGUAAGUGGUGGAGGGGGUGGAGGUGGUGGAGGAUUCCUUGGGUUAGGUUCAAGACAGAACAACGAGGAGACCAGAGGAGUGCUUGAAGGGGAAGGUGACGAUGACGAGGAAGAAGAGCAGGAGCAGAGGAGGAGGGAAGAUAGAGGAAGAGGAAGGAGAGAGAGGGAUGAGGAGGCAGAGCAAGACAACGCAGGGGGAGGAGAGGCGAGAGAGGGUGAGAGGGAUCGGCCUCCAUCCUAUCAGGAUGCGUUCUUCUUCCCCGUCCUCAUUAUACACGGCGAGGAGAGCUGCCAUGCCGGAGACGACAUGUGAUGAAGAGAAAAAUAAAAACACUGAGAGCGAGAAUGUACAGGCACAGGCUGAGGGAGAUGAAAGAAGAGAGGAAGGAUGCAUAGAGAGAAGAAAGGAUUCAGACAGAACACAGUGAGAGAGGUAAGAAAGACAAAACAGGAGAGAUGUAGGGAAAAGAGAAGAUACUGUCAGAGGAACUGGGAAAGCAAACGAAGGAGAUAUGACAAAUACAGUGCAUACUGUAAAAAGUCAGUAAACCCACUAGAUCAGAAGAAGAGAGCUGAUAGAGAGUGCAGCAGCGAGGUGAGAUAGAGUCUAAGACAAGGAGCAAGGGCAAGAAAAUCUUUGCAAUUUUAGGUGACGGAUUGGAUAAUUUGGAAGACUGCAAAGUUAGAAAUGUCUAUCUUCAGCUAUAUCGGAGCAGGAGUGGGAGGGGUAACAAGUCUAAAGAUAGCAGCUUGGAGAGGCAGUGGAGAGACACCAAACCAGCUGAGAGGUAGUGGAGUUUGUUGUUGUCUAAUCUUUCUUUAACACAAAUGAAAGACUACAAAAAGGGAAUUUAAAGAAUAAUAUAUAGAGAGAGGAACUGAGAAUCGGGCCAAUUUAAAGAAUCAAAAUUGAUAAGAGGUUAUAAAUAAUUCAGAUGUGGGAAUAAAUAGAUCAUGUAAAAUACAGCGUAGUAAAGUAGAGCAAAAGACAUCAGCAUGCAGGACACGCAGGCUAAGAAGAAUCCAAAAUGGACACAGACCAGAUUACCCUAAAUCUCAUUUUUCCAUUUGACAGAUUCUUAAAAGCUAGAAAAUAAAAUUAUCCAAAAGAUAAUCACAAAAGGAGGAGGGGGGGGGAGAUGUAGGACUGAUCACAGACACAACAACCUCUGAACAACAAUCCUGACCUUGAAUCUAAUCAGGAAAUCCAAAUAUCAUUCGAACAGGUGAGAAGAUUCAGUCAGAUUCACCGUUAUGACCUCACACGGCACCUCUAACAGAAGGCAGUAACAAUAAAAGAGGAGAAGCAUUGAUUUCCUCCCCGUCUCGUCAUGCUGUAUUACGUCUUAUUUCACCAUUAGCUUCCCCACCACUCUAUCCAUUACUGUUAUAGAGCCGAUAGGAAAAAAACUCCAUAAAAGUAGAGCAGUCGCUUCCUCUACUUCUCAGCGCUGCCCUGCCCGUCUUCUCCCCUCUGUCCAUUUUAUCACAUGUCCUGUCUUUCUUCUUUCUAUUGCUAAAAAACUAGUGAGGAGCAUCAUAUAUUUGGAAGAAGCAAAUGUUGCAUUAACACAGUGAACUCCCCCAUCCUCUCACCCCACUCCAUCCUUCUGCUCCUCCUUUUAUUUUUUUUUCAAGCGGUUGAUAUAUGACACCCUCCUCGCUCCUGUAGGCGACGAGAUCACAUUUUCACAUAUCACAUCUCCCCGAGGCUGAGGUUUCCUCUCAGUGACCAUAUUUUAUAAACUGGAUUUUCCCCCCACUUGUGUAACGUUAUUGUGACCUUUACGCCUGUGCAUUUGAAAGGGGAAAAAGCAAAUUAUGUGGGCACCGUGAUAUAAGUGACUUCACCGAAAAAGUAACAGCUGAAAGGUUUGAUUCUCACAUGAGCUUUAAAUUUCCCCAGUGAUGCCAGUGUAGUUGUGCUAUAGAUUAACACAUUUGUUCCCAAAGAUAGGCCUGCAUGCUACUAAGAAAACGCAAUAACCCCAAAACCCUCCUCCUUAUCAAUAUACUAUGUAGUACUACAUGUGGUUAGGCAUGGAAAAUGACCUCUUUAUCUCAUUUAUGUCCAUAAGAUUGGACUGCAUGGGAAGUAACACUUACAGUAAGCAGCAAUCAGAGAUUUAAUUGCUUCCUUUUUUAUCGCACAGACAACAAAAUUGCGAAUGAGGAAAUACAGUAUGAGGUUAACUCCCACUAACGAUCUGUCAUUAUCAGCCCUGUGAAAGAACUGUGGCCCUAACUCUGCUACCUCCUACUCUCUGAGAAUCAUCUGCAAAUAAGAAACAGUGCUCUCUGAAAAACAUCGCCUCAGCAUAAAAUGUGUAAACGUUUGCUGGCAUAGAGAUGCAUGUUAGCUACUAAUAGCUGUGUAGCAAAUAUGGCUAUCGUUGCAAAACGCAGUGCCAAAAAGUAGCGAUCGAUGAACAAUCUGCACCGAUUCAGAUAUUUUAGACGUAUGUAGACAAGGGCAUGGAUAGCUGUGUCCUACUUCCUGCGUUGUCACGUCUCAGCCCAGGAGAGGCAAUCGGCACAGACAGUGAGACCUUCAGUGCUUUGAUGCUGAUACUUUCCAAAGCACACUAAACACGCUAAAGUAGUUCGAUGAACAUUUGUUGACCUUUCCUGCAUAGCGCCCUUCAGAGGUCACUCCAGCCACUAUCUGAUGUCGGAAGCGUCUCCCUCGUUCUCUCUCUCUCUGCUUCCUGUUCACAAGGGAAUGAAAAGCACACGGAAAGAGCCGAGUAAAGAGCCACGAGGCAGAAACAAUGCUGGAUCAACUUUGCGAGCGAUGGCAGUAAACGGACACGUUUACCGCACGCAGACACGGAUGUGGAUCGAGCAGAGACAACGGGGAAAAGUUCUCUCAUCGCAACUUUCUGGAGAGAGAAAGUGGAGCAUGACUGCUGACCUGGUUUUGGCGUAGGGGACACAUACAUGCGCGCACACUCUGACACACAUUCACACACACUGGAUCUUGUGUAGCUUUUGGGAGGGAAUCGGCGCAAAUAAUGAGGGGAAGCAAAACUGUCGAGGAGCGAAGAAGUGGAAAAAUGCUGAAAAUGUGAGAUUAAAAUGACAAUUAUUUUUACAUAAUCAGUCAUUAUCUCAGUCUAUUGACCUGUGGAUAAAACUGACUCCAUUCAUGUCCCUAAACAAAAAGAAGCACUGGAAAAAGCACCGAACACACUCCUGUGUUCAUUUAUUUGUAUAAUCGCAUUGUUCUCACUAAUUCUCGGACUUUUGUUUCACUGUAAUAACGUGGCUACUGUUCAGUAUGUGUUUUUGAUCUUCGCGGUGAAAAGUAACGAGCUCUAACUGAAAACCUGAAUCUGUCAGUUCAGUCAGUGAUUUGCUACUUUUAUAUCAUCUACAUUUGUAGACGUUUUUCAGGUUGUUUAAGUGAUCCAGAUGCUUUUGUAAGCUUACACUUAUCUUUGCUGGUUUUUAUUAUUAUUUUUGUUAUUUUUGUAAAACUGACAAUGCUCCUGGCCCAGUCAGCUUGGGUUGAUGAGCCUCAAGUUGUGGUUUGGAUGCAGUUAUACUUGCUUACAAGUCUUAUUUGCUCAUUUGUUCAUCUUAAAUAAGUGUAUUACACUAAUACUUGUUGUUACUGGAUAUUUAUAUCAUGUUUUAGUAUCUCUGAGUGUGUCAAAAGUGUGUCAGCCACUUCAGGUGUGCCAAGAGAUCUUUGUGCCCAUGAUGUCUUACACAAACACACACUCACACUCGCGCUUGCAUGUUUAGUCACAGCAGUAAAGCGGCCAUUACUACAGCUUGUUUUAGACUAGAGUGGCAUUCAUCCCGAAACCCAUAAUCACCGCACACAUGCAGUCUCCAAACACAAACAUGCGCGCACGUACACACACACUGAAAGCAUGGAACUUUCCUGCUACGCUGCCUUUGUGUUGCCAACGUUUUCUGCUCAGGAUUUCAGUUAAUUGCUGCGUUCCUGGGACAACAAAAGCUUUUCUUCAUAAAUCCAUCAACAUGCCAAAGCAAAAAAAAAGUAAAAAACUUACAGAGAAUGCCUGCGCUUAUAUACAUGCACAUUAACAGCUCACACAGGUGGCUUCACCAGAUCCACACAAUGUGCAACAAUGUGAUCUGUGCUCGUGGACUGUGGGGCAGAAGCAAACAUUUACAUGAAGCGACUAAACUUCAUCAUCAACAUGCACAUUUUUGUUUCUUACAAAUGUUUGUUAAUUGUUUCAUAGCUGAGGUGCUGUUCACGCGUAAAUCCACUUAGAAUGUUUUUAAUACUUGGUGGUUUGCCUGAUAGAACCUGGCACGUGACUUUCAUCCACCAGAUGGCAGCAGAGCCUUAUAUAUAUGAAGGUUAAUGGGGAUAAACCACCAACAGCGACCCAGUGUAGAAAACAGCUGCUGUCCCAUGCUUUGUGGGUUUGAGACUUAAGCAUCUGUACACACCAGCUGGUGAUGUGAAACCAGGUGAUUUGUUUAGCUGCAGAUUUUCCUUUUUUUUUUUUUAAAUUGAUUUAUUUAUUUUUAAAGCACAUGCUGUGACAUCACUGGUUGACGUCGCUUGUGUCUGAUCUGAUUGUGCUUUAAUCAUCUCAGCCUCUGCUGAUUUUAUUCUUUUCCUUUAACUGUGACUGAAUGUGUUGCCGAGCAGUAUUGCUCAUGCCCCUGCUUCUGGCUGGACUUGUAUGUGUUGCUAAGCGGCUUUCUGAACGUAUAACCACAAGCAGUGGGUGCUACACUAUUAAACAAAGACAUUUUUAACAUUUUGUGACCUAGCUUCCAUUUCACCUACACAAACAACUUAUCGUCUGGCCGUUUUGCGCUGCACGACACAAAGCGACACGGAGGAAGUUGGACUGUGUUCAACACUCCUCUUAGAGCAGUCGAAUGCACGACGGUUUCCUUUCUCAUACACGCUUUUCUUUCUUCGCUCAGACACAAAAUCCUGCUCUCAUUUUCCACCGUUUCACCAACGUCACCACUUGAAUAUCUUAUAAAAUGCUCUAGCAAUUAUGACCGAUGUAUUGUUGUCAAUACUGUUACUGUUUUUCUCGUGGUCAUGGGGUGAGUCGAGUAGUCAUACCAAGUUUGUCAAACACCGUAAAAAACAAUUUAAAAAAAAAAGUUAAAUGGUUUGACUUGAAGUCACGUGGAUUCCAGCUGCAUGAUGAGCCUUCAUUUUCAUAAAUACCUUGCUGGCUAAACAAAUACAAAAGUGUGACCAGGUGUCACAAAUGGAUUUCUUUGACUCUGUACAUGUUGGACUGUCGAAAUGCAGCUGAAAUUGCUGCGUAUACAGACAAUAAUUGUAACAUUCAUACAUACUAACAAGCAUUUUGACCUUUGACCUCAAACACAACAGCGUGAGUUGCAUUAAGUCUCCCUGAUAACAGCAAUUACAACAGCAAUGUUCUGUUCACGCUCUUUUGGGAACGUGAAAAAGCAUACGUCUAACGAGCCCUGUGUCCGCGGUGAUACAGUAUCCGUGCCCUUUGUUUUUGCACUGCAAUAAAGAGCAGCUGUGUGUCGCUGAUGCAACGAUGUGUCACCACCUUAAGGCAGUCAGUCUGCCGCUCCGACACGAAAGACGAUAAUCAAUAGCACAAAAAAUGGUCGCGUGUAAAAGCUCAAACGCAUAUAAUCACAUCACUGUCGUCUCGCUGUAUUUACGUGUCCUCCUCUGAAGUUUAAAGCAAUAUAUAAUUAUCCUGCAGAUACACAGUGUCUGGUUAAAGGCUGAUUGUAUGAUUGAGGUCACAUUAGAGUCAGGCUGAGUUUAAAAAUGUGUUGAUACGGGUUAAAGACGCAGCAAACGUCGACUGUGUCGCCUGACGUUAUUUAGUCCGCUUUGCCGCUGCCCUGUACGCAAGCUCUCUCGCUGUCUCGGCGCUAACUUCGCAUUUCAGUUCACAUUUCCUUUCCUGCUGAAUAUUUCAUGCUGCUGGAUUGCGUGUGAUCGAAUGUCAAACAAACGGAUUGUCACCACAGUGUAGUUGUAAUGUACAUGCAGCCUCUAUGGGUUUGAAACAAUAAUGUCACAUACAGCGCAUUAUUGUCUUACACAGUGACGUGUGAAGCCGAGACCGGGCUUUCUGUUCAAGCACCGUCGAGCAAAAUGUCCUCAGUAUUUAAGCUACUUACUAUGUAACUGAUAAUGAGAUUGUCAAUAUCACAGCAGAUUAAAGCGUUUGUCACCGGCCUGUUUAAGAUAAUGUAAUUUCAUUAUUUGAGCGGAUGGUGACUGUGAAGGUAAUAGAGACGGCGGCAAUAACACUGUUAACUGAUGUGAUCCCGGUGAUGAUUAAUGAUGAUUAAUUACAAUGGAAGUUGGAAGUUACAAAUAAAGUCAGUCUGCUUGAUAUA